ACCGUAUGGCUGGCCCAAACGCUGAGCCUUUUUGCUCGCGUUGUCAACUUGACCGAUGAGCCUUUGCAACGCGUUUUAAUUAGCCAGACUUAACUCUGCCAUUCACGCAACAGUUGAUUUGGUAUAGGCCCAGUUAUUGACUGAUACUCAGGCGCCAGAGGGAAUUUCGGUGCUGUGAAGAGCAUCGAAGUGGGCGUCCCCGCGCACGAACCGCGUUCGUGAAGCAGGCAGCCAUCGGAGUUGUGGAGCGCAAAUACGCUGACUUAGUUGCUUGGAGGAAAGGGAGCAUACGCGCGACUUCGGACGUCGUGAGGUUUAGGCCUGUGAUAGGCGGCCCGCUGCACGCGGCUCCGGCGAGAUGGGCAAUUGCUCGAGCCAGGACAACACGGUGCCGGCAGGUUAUAAGGCGCUAAAGGUUCAGCAAGUCGUCCAGCAAUCAGGCGAUGUGCGGGACUUCUACACUUUCGACAAGCAGCUCGGGAAGGGCAACUUUGGAAUCGUGCACCUUGUGUUCGAUAAAAAGACAAAUGAGAAGUACGCCUGCAAAUCAAUAUCGAAGCGCAAGCUGGUGACGCCGGAGGAUGUGGAGGACGUACGACGCGAGAUCCAGAUCAUGAACCACCUGGCAGGCCACAAGAACGUGGUCAACAUCCGCGGCACCUACGAGGACAAGAACUUCAUCCACAUUGUCAUGGAGGUGGGGGCGGGUGGCGAGCUGUUCGACCGCAUCGCUGAGGCUGGCCACUUCUCCGAGCGCCGCGCCGCCGAGGUGAUGCGUACGAUUGUGUCGGUCGUACACCACUGCCACACCAUGAACGUGGUCCAUCGCGACCUCAAGCCCGAGAACUUCCUGCUCACGGAGCGGGGGCCGGGCGGCGUGAUCAAGGCCACGGACUUUGGGCUGAGCCGCUUCUUCAAGGAGGGAAACCAGUUGGACGAGAUCGUGGGCAGCCCCUUCUACGUGGCGCCCGAGGUGCUGAAGCGCUCAUACGGCAAGGAGGCCGACAUCUGGAGCUGCGGCGUCAUCCUGUACAUCCUGCUGUGCGGCUGGCCGCCCUUCCACGGCGACAGCACGCAGGCCAUCUUCAAGAACAUCCUGUCCGCGCCGCUGGACCUCAAGACCGAGCCCUGGUCCCGCGUCAGCGCCGACGCCAAGGACUGCGUGCGACGCAUGCUGGCGCGCGACCCGCGCAAGCGGCUCACCGCGGAGCAGGUGCUGAACCACCCCUGGAUGCGCGAGAACGGCGCCGCGCCCGACGAGGCGUUUGUGCCCGAGAUCCUCAUCCGCAUGCGGCAGUUCACAAAGAUGAACAUGCUGAAGCGCGAGGCGCUCAAGGUCAUUGCGCGCUCGCUGCCGCACAUGGAGCUGGCGGGCAUGCGGGAGAUGUUCCAGGAGAUGGACGAGGACGGCAGCGCCACCAUCACAGUGGACGAGCUGAGGGAGGGGCUGCGGAGAAAGGGCGCCGAGAUAGCGCUGGGCGAGGUCCAGCGCAUCCUGAACGACAUCGACCUGGACGGCAACAGUAAAAUCGACUAUGAGGAGUUCCUGGCGGCAACCAUGCACCUCAACAAGCUGAGCCGCGAGGAGAACAUGAUCGCGGCGUUUGAAUAUUUCGACAAGGACAAGAGCGGCUUCAUAACGCGUGACGAGCUCAUGAACGCGAUGAAGGACAUCGACGCAGAGGUGGAUGUGGACGCCAUCCUGGCACAGGUGGAUCAGAACGGCGACGGCCGCAUCGACUAUGAGGAGUUUUGCGCCAUGAUGCGCGCGACCGACCUGGACGUGCUGAAAAGCGCUCACGAGGCGCUCAAGACCAAGGUGGUCGUCAAGUCAGUGCUGGCGCGCGUGCAGGCGGAGCCGAUGCGCGAGGAUUCCAUCACGGACAUGAGCCGCAAGAGCAGUCGCGCCAUGGCCACCGCCGAGAGCCGCAAGCAGCGAGGCGCCUCCGCCACGCCUGCAAACGCCGAAGAGGGGGAGCAGUAGGCGCUGCAGGGGGAGCAGUAGCGGCGGCUGGGGGAGGAGAAGGAGCAGCUGGGGGAGGAGAAGGAGCAGCUGGGGGAGGAGAAGGAGCAGCAGGGGGAGGAGAAGGAGCAGCAGGGGGAGGAGAAGGAGGGGGAGGAGCCGUAUAGCUGCAAAGCAGAGGGGGGCGAGCUCGGCCACUCCCGAACACGCUUCCGCCGCGGCGGAGGAGGAGGGGAAGGAGGAGGGAGGAAGGGCCAGCGACGAUGCGAGCGCGGCAACCUUGGAGAUGGUGGUGGUGGAGGUGGUGGUGGAGUUGGCGGGGGGUGGGGGGGUAGCCGUCCAUGGGCUGGUGUGUAUCAAAUAUGGGGGGGGGCAGGGCGGUUGAUUGCAUGUUCAGGCGGUGGAGGUGGGGAUAGGGGUGGGGGCUCACUUGCAUGGUCACUGGGGUGUGGUGCGCCAUGUGCGUGCAUUUGGGGUUUGGAAUCUGCGCCGGGUGCACCUGAUGCAUGCGUGUGCACGCGUGUGCACGAUUGGCGGAUGGCGCAGGCGGGGGGGGGGGGGGGGGCGGCGGCGAUCGGCGCAGUGGGUGGAGGUACCGUUUCAGAGCCCAGGCGAAGAAGCCAUGUUUGGUACUGCAGUGUAAAAUGUCGGUUUAGGAGUGCCUUUGAUGGAGAGUGAUGAACAGCCACCCGACCACAACCUAUUUUUGCGUGUGUUUGUGUUUGUAUAGUAUGCGCCCGCGCGCGUAUGAAUGCGGAUGUUACAGAGGGGACAGUCCGUAUGGCGUGUGUGUUUGGCCUCGAUUUGUCCGCGGGUGCGGUGCGCCGUAUCGCACACACUAACCCGCGCCAGACUGGUAUCGCUAGGUUCGCUUCCCGACAGCAUGAAUGCAUGGCUUAAAGUGAAUUUGUAUUACAAGACUUGGCGUUGCACGCCAGUCGGCGUGCGUGGGCAGGCUGAAUGUCGGAUGGGAGUUUCGUAAAUCUGAGCGGACUCAGAAGUGGAGGGACACGAACGGCGUGCCUUGACUCUGCAGCAGAUGACGUUUAUUUCUGAGUUGUACUUCCGCGAUCUAGUUUACGGUAUGGGUCAUGACUUCUGUUGUUUGAAGGUGGAGUUUGGGGUUGCUGGGGACAAGGUGGCGGUGGCGGUGGAAGGGGAAUGGUGUGUGAGUGCGUGUGCCCUUGCGCGGGCGUCUGGCACGGAUGGCGGGAGAACUUACGAAGCCUCGCCCACGCCGGUUUCACAGUCCUGUGACCGGACCCGUCUAGCUCUUAACUGGGUCUCUGUGUGCUUGGGACACGAUCGGGUUGUCCUUUCUGGUAACGUCGCGAGCCUAACUUGUAACAAAAUGAACUU